AUGGGACGGCAGGUCGAGUACGUCGAGUGGCGCUCACCGAGGGAUGCCCUUGUGAUGGACUUGCUCCUUCUUAGCUCGGUCUUUGCGCGGCUUCGGCGGACGCGCGCAGGCGACCAGGUCGACCUGACGUAUUUUUCAAAGCAACAAGUCCUCGACGAGCUCGUGGCACAUGAAGACGGAAAGCUUCUGCGCAUGCGGCCGAACCUGCGCGCAUUCCACACGCGCCUCGCGAGCUUGAGCAACAUCCAGGAGAGCGCGUCGCUCAACAUGUUUCGCAUCACACGCGUCCGGGAUCCGACCAUCUCGCAGACGAUGGCCUGCGAUCUGCUCACAAAGCUCAUUACGCCUGCAAUCCUCUUGGCCGACGCCGCCGAAGCGCGGCGGCAGCACCCUUACAAGUCGCAGUGGUGUGUGUUUGACGCCAAGCUGCGGAGCAAAAGCCCCGCUAGUGACUACAAAGUUUGUGAGCCGCGGCCGCGGGCGCUCACGCCAGCGGAGAAGCGGCGGCAAGAGCAAGUGGAGCGAUGGACCCUCGAGGCGGCACGCGUCCUCGCCCACAACGUUGUCGCAGCCGUUCUCACGACGUCGGUUCGGGCCCUACUGCCAUUGAGCCGUAAACGUACACCGGCGAGCUGCAAGAGCAACCAAACCGAGACCGACUUUCCAAGUGUCGUUGCCCUUACCGCAGACGAGGGCUCGACCAAGCCGACGCGGCGCCUCCACCCGCGUCGCAAGCCAUCGUCGAGCUCUCUCGUAGCAGAAAAGGCAGCGCAGCGUCUCUCGGACCUGCGCUUGCAAGUGCUGUGUCCGGGCUUUGCGCCUGACACGAGCGUGCUCUCUGGCGGGCGCCCGAUCGAAGCGUUUAUUGCACUGGUCGAGAGUGCGGGGCACCACGAGGCAGCGUCGCGCCUACUGAGCCACUACAAGUUUGAGACGGCUGUGCACGCAAUUGCUAACGAGUUUAUGGUUGCCCACCCGUCGGCGACCGCGCUCGACGGGUAUUUGCCGAGCUACUUUGCCUGGGCCGCCGACGUUCGCAGCCGCACGCUCAAGCAGCUGCGCUAGACAUUAUGUUGAUGAUGAUGACAAAGUACUAUAAAUAUCG